AUGAUACCAACGGCUCAUAACGUUGCCGACGAAGCUACUCGAGCGAGACGUGUCAACACUGAGUUCGAGUCCUAUUGGUUGAGUGGCUCACAGUUCUUACAGAUGGAUAUAGAGCAUUGGCCACAGGAGCUUGAAGUCCAAGAACGCGAUGCUGCUGACGACGAAGAGCUCCAGCUGAGAUACGCUUUGGCAGUUGUAAGCUAUAAAUUUAUGAAUUAUAAUCGUUUUUCAUCUCUUAGCAGAAUAGUACAAACUCUGGCAUGGGUGAUUCGUUUCGUGAGUCCAUGCCGCAAUGGCAAGCAGUCCGAUGAAACGCAUGGCCUAACAGCAUGGGCGUUGGAAACAGCCAAGCAUGCCUUGUAUCGUCAAGUGCAAACAGAAGCAUUCAUUGCCCAGCUCCGCCUGCUCGAAAAAGGUUACACAAUUCCUCGAUCCAGCGCAAUCUACCAGCUCUCGCCCUGCAUAGAUGAUCACUGUAUUUUGCGCGUAAAGGAACGCAUCGAUGCAGCUGAAUGGCUGCCCAUAUUUACCAGACAGCCGGUCAUACUACCACCAAACCACCCCUUAACAAAACUUAUUGUGAGUCAUCAUCACGCCGCCACGAAACAUCAAAAUACGGAAGCCACAAUCUGCGAAAUCCAUCGUCACUACUGGAUACCCUGCUUGCGUAAGCUUCUGCGUUCUGCAAUAAGUAAUUGUCAGGUCUGUCGAGUGUCCAAAGCAACGCCAGUAGCACCUAUUAUGGGACCACUGCCAGCCGACCGUUUAACGCCUUAG